AUGGAAUACUCGAAACUCUCCUUUCUUCCUAUCCCAGCCGCAAUCAGACGUCAACUUCCUCGAUUAUACUCCAAUAGGACUGGCUUCGAUGAAGAUUCAAGUGGCAUUGUGUAUCAUGGACAUGGACUGAAUUCUUUCUCUGAUCCUCAACUGUCUUCCCCCUCGUUCCCGGAAGUAACCCUCGCCGAGACAAGGAGGCCUUCCACUGCGAAUGCCAGUCUUGAUUCAUUUGAGUCCAGAUCUGCUUUUAAUCUGCUACGCAAUGCAGGAUAUGAGGCUCAACAGCCACAUGCGGAUGGCCGUCUGGCACGGUCGCUCUAUGUUAAUGCCUUGAUGUACCUACUCGAUGCCCUUCCUGCAGAUCUUACGACCGAGGAGACAACUAUGCUGGGAAAUCGACUACCCCACUCCGUCAAAUCAUCACUUGCCAUAAGCUCGAGUGCACAGCAUGUACAAGUGGAAGGACAGAAAUCGACAAAAGCACCCUCUUCUCCACGGUCAUAUCUCCAUAGGAUACUUGCGUCGGUGAUUGUUUAUGUUUUUGUACUCAUCCGGCUUUUCCUACCAUAUAUACAUGCCUUCCUGCGUUGGGUAUAUGAAUAUGAGAGAUCGCACCGCAUCACGCAGCGGAUUGUCGCUACGACUUUAGAUGCAGCAGACGAGUUGGGCAAGAGGAGUGCUGGUAUUGGCUCGACAGCCUCAAAAUUGAAUGAAGGUCGCCUUGGCACGGUGAUUGGGAACUUUGCAAGUCCUUCCGAGGAAGUUGCGAUGCCGAUACGCGAUAAGGGUAAAGAUAAGACAGAUAAUCCUAUCGAUAAGCCUAUCGAUAAGCAACGUGUUGUGGUGUUGAAUUCCCCCGGGAUCUCCGCCACAUCCCCUAAGAGCUCCAGCUUGCGACGUGCUUUACCGCCAGGGGUUUAUGUGAGCCUUGCGCCUGCUGAUCCGACCCUGUGGAAUGGCGUAAUUUUCGUUCGACACGGACCCUAUGCGUCGGCCAUCCUUCGUUUCCACAUUCGAUUUCCAGAUAUCUACCCUGAUCUUCCACCUCUUGUGACCUUUACAACCGACCUAUUCCACCCAUUAAUCGUUCCUCUUACAACAUACACCUUCAGUACCGGCUCAGCAAGUGAUAAUCCAGUCAGCGCGACGGACGAUGAGCGAUUACCCCCGGGUGGAUUUAGUCUGCGCCAUGGAUUUCCCCAUUGGUUCGGGAGAGCGAAGCGCAGUGGUCUUGCAUCUGGCGCUUCGUCCCGAAAUGUGAGCGGGGGCAGUGCAGGUACUGCGAAUACUGCAACCAAGGGAAUUCCCGAGUCAGCGGGAUUUAUAACUGAGGAGACAGCUCCCGCGGAUGCGUCAGACGAUCAGGUUGAGGAUCCGGAAAAUAUUGAUCAAAGUGAAGAGCCUCCUCGCGUUGCUCAAGUGCCCUCUAUCAAUCAAUUUGUGGAGACUAGGAAGUCUGUGCCGGUUGCGGAGCUAUUGGAUUACAUUCGAUCCACGUUCGAUGACGAGACUGUCUUGGAUUCUUUGCCAGUCGAUGUAGCAGGCAACCCGGGAGCUUGGCAUGCGUGGAAGGCACACCGUCGGGGGGCCGACUCAUUUGGUCGCUCCAGGCGAGAAAGUCCGCAAGCUCGACGCCCGGGAGAUUGGCAUUGGGAUGGAAUUUGGGCUCGGCGAGUGCAAGAUGAGAUCGAAGCUAGCCAUUCUGAGCCUAUGCUAUUUGGGAAUGCUGCUCGUGGCGGUGGAGAUGAGACGGUAAGUCAGAUAACUUUGUUAGUCGAGAUGGCCACUGACCGAUCACAGAUACGAUUCUCCCGUCUGGGUGAUGCAACUUUAAGUUCGGUCAAGGAGAAAAUGGAAUCAGUGGUGAAUGUAAUUAAGGAGUGA